ACCAAAAUUGAAAAUGGUCGUUCAGCGCGACAUGUGUUCAUAUUUUCUCAUUGGCUUUACCAUCGGUGCAAUUUUUUCAAUUUUCACAACUGAAAAAAGUCGCAACUCACAAUCAGAAGAAAAUUAUGUUUUGAGCCACGCUCAAAAAGUGGUCUCAUACUUGCAGGAGAUCAAAGACCUUCCAAAAACCUUCCGAAAAAGACUUUGGCGCACACACCAAGAGCACUUGGCGUCGCGCAUCAGGGUGCUGUGCUUUGUAAUGACCCACCCUAACAACCAUAAUUCAAAGGCGCAGUACAUAAGAUAUUCCUGGGGCAGGCACUGCAACCGUCUCGUUUUCAUCAGCGACGGCACACGCAGAGACGACAGCCUGCCAGUGGUGAAGGUCAACGCUAAAUCAGGGCGAUCGGGCUUGUGGGAUAAGGUCAAGAAAGCUUUUCGCUACAUGCAUUCGAAUUACAGUGGCCAGUACGACUGGAUCAUUAAAGCUGACGACGAUACAUUUGUAAAUGUUGACUCAUUGCGAAACUUCCUUUUGGGCUUCAGUCCUGAGGCGCCUUUGUUUUUCGGCGAGCAGUUACGCAGUCCCUAUGACCAGAUUUACAUGGCUGGCGGUGGAGGCUACGUACUCAGUAGGGUGGGCGUCCAAAAGUUCAUUGACUUGCUCAACGAUCCCCGUUCUGACGAAGAAGUUGGCUGCAGUAGAGUAAAACCCACGUCCGAAGAGGACCCCUUCAUUUCCCACUGUUUGAUACACGCCAAUGUGUCGGCGAUUGACUCGAGGGACCACUUAGGUCAGAACAGAUUUUCGCAGCACUCGGGCAUAAUCAGAAGUAGUGUUUGGGGUGAAACGGACAAUUUCUACUGGAGGUACCAGCUGUACAAGUCCACCGCUCAAAAACCUGGUCCUUAUGUUGGAUGUUGCUCCAGCAGCGCAAUCUCGUUUCACUACACCCGGCCUCUCAACAUGUUUUUCUACGAUUUCUUAAUAAGGAAGGUGAACCCUGAAGAUACAAGUUUGACGCUGGCGCUGAAUCCAAGGAAAUAUGCGUAGUGUAAGAUUUAUAAGGAAAAAUAAAAUUGUGUCGUGUUUUUGUAAAGAUUUUUAAAAUGGAAAAAUAACGUAAGUUGACUAAAAUUACGACUUGUCAUAAGACUCUUUAUUUACAUUAUAUAUACAGUAAUCUAAUGUAAAAGAAAAAAAUGUGUGUGCAUCCUUAAAAAAAUUGAGAAUAUAUUUAAAAAUGUGAUGAAUAAAUAUGUUUUUACUUAA